UACUAAAAUUACUUGAUUAUAAAACUAAAUGAACAGUACUCGGUAGCUCAGUUCCACUGUACGUAGUCCGAAUUAUUUUUGGGGAACUAGUUUGUGGCUGUCAACCGGCCAGAAAAACAAAUUUAUAUUUAUAUAAUACUAUCAAAAUCAAUUAAAACAUGCCGCGCAAUCUCAAUGCUGAGCGCGAUAAUCCCUGUUUAAAGGAGCAGGAACUGUCAUUCAAAUGCCUAAAUAAAAACAAUUUUGACCGGGAUAAAUGCGAAGUCUACUUCGUUAAUUACAAUAAUUGUAAAGAGUUUUGGAACAAAAUACGCGCCGACCGCAGAGCUCAAGGAAUCGUACCCUAUUUACCUCCAGUGGAAGAGCGAGCGGAUAUAAAGGCUGAUUACAUGAAAAGCAAACCAAAAUUGUGAUAUAUAAAUAACAAA